AUGGGAAAAAAUGUUGGAAAAUAUCGGUUCUAUUGCGUUGUCAAGAAUUCGAACAGAGAUGAUCCGAAUAAAUUGUUUUGGGAAAUGGAUUGUGACGAUCAUUAUUGUGUGGUUUUGAAGGCUGUUAUUAACAAAAAACAGAGGGACAGUGAAUUCACGCUGAUGAAGAAAUUGAAGCACGAAAAUGUUGUUCGAGUUUACGAAGAAGUUCAGUUCGAUUACAAUAAUUUACGUUAUCAUGGAUUCACGAUGCAAUGGGGAAGUCAAGGAACAUUAGAAGAAUUGAUUCAAACUAAAGCGAGAACUCCGAACUCAUGGAAUCAAAAAGAAGCACUGAAACUCGUCUCCCAACUUGUUUAUGGUAUGGCUUAUGUUCACGAACAAGGAAUCAUUCACAGAGAUCUGAAGCCCAAAAAUAUUUUCAUGCGUGAAAAUUAUCUUCUCUUGAUCGGCGAUUUCGAUAUUGCAGCAAAAACUAUGGAAACCAAAAAGACCGUAAAAAGAGGAACUCCUCACUUCAUGACGCCUGAGUCUCAAGAACACCAAGAAGAAGAAAUCGUGAGUCAAAAAACUGAUGUUUGGGCUGUUGGAGUUAUUAUUUAUAUUAUCAGUUAUUUGAAGUAUCCCUUCGAUGAUCGGAAAGAGUAUGUUUUGCUUGAAAAAAUACGUGAAGCGCGCUAUGAGACGCCAGCUCGAAAUUUCCCAAAAUGCGAUUCUCUUAUCAGCCGUUGUCUUCAAAAGCUGCCAGAAAAUCGAAUUGAAAACUGUUUUCUUCUUGCAAAAGAACCUUCGAUCAGAAAUUUUAUUUGCCAACUUGAAGCAAAAAUUGCUCCGUGGGAUGUCGACUUCGAAAGCAGUUACGAAGAAUGCGUUCGAAAAGCAAAUAAAAAAAUCAAGGAAGAUUUUGAAAGAAUGUUAAGGCGCGCUUCUGACGAGCAAAAAGGAGAAGAAGCGCUGCAGAAUUUAAUUUACGAAAGUGAAUUUUCGCUGCCGUCGAAAAAUAUUCAGUUUUUGAAAAUUAUUGGGCUUGGUCAGUAUUUUGGCGCAGAUCAUGAAGAUGAGCGCACAUGUUUUUCUCUCGACCGAAGGUUCAAAAAAGAAAUCCUGAUUGACGCCCUCGAAAAUGGUCUCAAAUUCAUUAAUCUAAAAUUUCACUAUACUAAAAAUUUCGACGCUCAAGAGAUUCAAGAGAAUGUCCAUAAGAAGACCUUUGAAGUGACAAAUGAGUGGGAAGGGGGCUUUGAAGGGCGAAUUCAUGCUCAAGUUCCCUGGUCAGUCAAUACUACCAGCGGUUGGAGAAUAGAACUGACCUUUGUCGGCACGAAAUUGGCCGGUUUCGAUUGCUGGAAUGCGAAUAUAGAGAACCAGAAGAUCGACAUCAAAGAUAUCACCACCACUUUUACGCUGAAGAAUCUCGAGUGGAAUGGGGCGCUGAAAGGAGGGGAAUAUACUGAUAUCGGUUUUCAAGCGAAGUUUGAAGGGGAAGAUAAACCUCCAAAGGCGAUUUUGAAGUUUAACGAUGUGAUUGUUUUUAACGAAAUGGAUCCGAAUUUCUCCUACGACCCUGGAACCCCUCCACCGCCAGAGGAAAAUGAAGAAGGUGGGGAAGAAGGAGAAGAGGGAGAGGACAGCGUUGAUGGGGUUGAAACGGAUGGGGAGGAAGAUGAUGAGGAGGACGAAGAAGAGGAGGAUGAUCAACCAACUGGUAUGGUUCCAGGUUUACGAGAAGAGCUCGAAGACAAUAUCGUGGAAAACGAAGAAGAACUGGAGGAAUGCUUGGACGGCGGAAACUCCACCACAAAUGGAACAGAAACCACCUGCGGAGAAGUCGGUCCAACCCCCUUCCCCGACUCCAAGAUCAAAGAACUCAAGUACAACUACAAAGAAAUCCUCCAAAAGUCGAUCCUUUUCUACGAAGCCCAGCGCUCAGGAAAACUUCCGGAAAAGAACCGAAUUCCUUGGAGAAAAGACAGCUGCUUGUGGGAUGGAUUCGGGAAGGGAGUUAACGGGUCGGAUGUCGAUUUGACGGGAGGAUAUUACGAUGCUGGAGAUAACUUGAAAUUUGGCUUUCCGCUGAGUUUUUCGCUCUCGACUCUGGCUUGGGGAGCGCUGCACUACUGGGAUAGCUAUGUCGCGGCGGAGGAGAUGGACAACAUGCUCGACUUGUUGCUCUGGGGAAGUGCUUGGCUCGAGAAAGCGACUAUUCUUGACAACAAAGGCAUCGUGGAAGCAAUUUACGUCCUCGUCGGUGAUCCUGAGUUCGACCACGGAAUCUGGAACGGCCCGGAAAACAUCAGAAAAGAAAUGCCGAGGCCUGUUUACAAAGUCGACACUGAAAAAGCAGGAACUGACAUUGCUGCUGACUACGCCGCGGCUUUUGCUGCGAUGGGUCUUGUGUACAAAAAAGCAGAGGAAGAGGAACUAUUCAAGAACGAAGAUCGAAAUCGUACUUCUGGAACGACCGAGUUUCGAAAAAUGAUAAAAUAUGCAGAAGCACUCAUGAGCUACACCGAGAAGUCGAUGGUCUUUGGAACUGGAGAUAAAUAUUCAGAUUCGGUGCCUCAAGUGGGGACUUAUUACAAGUCCACUGAUUACAGGGAUGAAGUCAUUUGGGGUGGCAUUUGGCUUUACCGAGCGACAGGGAAGAUUAGCUACUAUGAAUUGGCGAAGAAACGGUAUUACAACUGGGGAAUGUUUUCUUCAAGCUUCGCAAAUCAGUUCAGUUGGGACAACAAAGUCCUCGGCUGCCAACUCCUCCUCGCUCAAGUCACCCGAGACGAUCUUCGCGAAAACUACAUCGAGCCUCUCCACACUUACUGUAAAAAACCUGAUAAGGGCGACGCCAAAUUCACCGAGAAGGGUCUCCUUUUUGUCAUGAAAUGGGCUCCGCUUCGUUAUGCGGCUAAUUCAGCGUUUCUCUGUCUUAUGGCGUCGGAGUACUCAAGCCGCCCGGAUAGCAUUUCUAAGCUCGCUGUUGACCAAGUAAACUACAUCCUCGGAGAGAACAAGUUCGGAGGCAGCUUUGUCGUUGGAUACGGAAAGAAGUACCCGACGAGGCCGCAUCACAGAGCUUCUUCUUGUCCUGGCCCGGGAAAACCCUGUGGAGAUAAUUAUUUGAACAGAAAUGAUGCUAACCCAAACUUGUUGCUCGGAGCGCUAGUGGGCGGGCCGGACUCAGAAGACAACUUCAAGGACGACCGAAAAGACUAUAUCCAAAAUGAAGUGGCACUAGAUUACAACGCUGCUUUCCAAGGCCUCAUGGCUGGCAUGUUACAUAAAGAGCUGAUAAAGAAACCAAUCGAUGUCUAUUCCAAUAUCAAAAAACCCAUGAGCGUUCCUCUGUCGAAAAACACAUCCUCGUCGUCGAAAAGUAGUUUCCAUUUCAUUAUUUCUUCAAGUUCAAUUUUGCUUAUUCUUUUUAUGAUGAUGUAA